CUGUUGAAUCUUUGUCUGACUCAAUUAAUUAUUAAAAUUUUAUUUUCGUAAUAUUUUAUCUGACUAAUAAAAAUUAUUUUUAUUUAAAUUUUUGGAGUGUCACAGUUGAGGCCAGUGUCGUUGGAGGCGCCGGCCGUAGGGACAUUUGCCGAUUGCCUGGCCUUCAUCAGGGCCAGCCUCCUUUCCAGCUGGGCGAUGACCUCGUCCCGGGGAUCCCUGGCGGCCGCAGCGGCGCCCUGCUGAUUCUUCAUGCGCUCGUCAUGGGCCGCAUUGAUCUGGUGGCGCACGUCGUCCUCGUGCAACUUCCCCUUUCCCUUGUCCAGGCGGGGCUGGUCCGCUGUCCGGGACACAGACCCCAAGCUUUCCCUUGGCGAGCCAGGACGACGCUCACCAAUCCGCCCUGCCAUCCUCUCCGAAACCGGACGACGACGCGUGUCACCUAGCCUAUUGAAGGCAGAGGCUUUUCUACGCGCUGGGGUCUGCCCAGGCCGAAGAGGGGAAGCGGGGUGGGAGUGGGACGACGCCGUGUCCUGGGCCAUCACCCCCUCAUCAUUGCCUAACCUGACGGCCAACGGUUGGGGCUGAGGAGGUGGAGUGACAUUCCCCCCGGUCCUUGGCAAGAGUGCACUGAGGACGGUGGGGUUCUGGGCCAAGCUGGCGAUGAUGACCGACAACGCGGCCUGGACCUGUGGAUCCACAGACGGAGAAGCUGCGGCCAUAGGCUGGGCCAGGGCGUGGUCUGUCUUCUCAGCUCGUUUCUUGUCCAGGCCGAUGCAGGCAUCAGGGGCUCCGCCGUUGAGUUGGUUGCGGAGGUCCGUCGUGAGGUUGAUGGCCUCCUGGAAGACGUCUCCUCCGCCGACCUGGUCGGCCGUGGCGUCCUCUUCAUGUUCCCUGGUCUCCUGGUCCUCAGGGAUGGCCUUGCUGACGAGGUUGCGGUUUGACUUAGUUCUUCCCAUGAUCAGUGGUUAGCUGUGCUUGGUAGCGACGAAGGGUGCUAACUUGAUUGUUCUAGCUCUCAACGAGAGCACCAAAUGAUAGAGUAUAUGUCUAGAGAGAAGUGAGAGCUAGAGAGAAGUGCAAGAAAUGCUUCAAUAGAAUGAUUUUCUAACCCCUAUAACUACCUCCAGAGGAAGUAUUUAUAGGAAAAAUACGGGCUGGGCUCCCAAGCCUUGGGCUUGGGAGGCCCAUUUACAACUGGACCGCUAUUGGGUCGAAUACAGAGUCACUGGUGGGCUAUAUGAAUGAAUAAGUGUAAAAUCCGGUUCUGUGAGACUUCCGUGGCCGACGAGGGUCUUGGCCGACGAGGGCACGGCCGACGAGGGCGCGGCCGAUGAGGACACCCUGGUUCCUCGGCUUCAGGAUCAUAUUCUGAGUUGGUUCUUCUUCGGCCGACGAGGGCACCGCGUAGUGGCUGUGCUUUCUGUUCUUCUGAGUAUGUGGGUCCUGGGGCCUAGACCCAUAUACUCCAUCAUUUAUAUAUGUGUGUGUAUGCAAUAUUGAUGUCAUUUGAAAGAUCAUAAAACGUUAUGACUUUUGAUAUAUUUUUUUUGUAAAAAUUGGAGUACAAAAAAUUUAUAGCACUUGAAAAAGGGGUAUUUUCUUAUCCCCUUUGUCGAUCCAAAUGAGUACAUUGCCUUGAUUAAAAUGAAUAACAUUGAUUUAUUACAUGAUUUAGUAGUAGUGAUAACAGAAUUUUGAUUAACCAAUAAGAGGUUGACACUUCAUUCAUUUAUAAUUCAAUUUUAUUUUAUAAAAAUAAUAUUUUUUUUAUUUUUAUAUGCAAUAUUGGUGUUAUAUGAAAAAUUAGAAAAAAUUUAUGGUUUUUGAUACAUUUCCUAUAAAAAAUGGAGUACAAAAAAAAGUCAGCACUUUUUAAAAAACCAUUUUUUUUUACCAUUUCUCCAAAUAAGUUGGCGUGAUCAAAAUGAAUAACAGUGAUGCACCAACUGAAUAGCAGUGAAUGGAGUGAAGUUGGAUCAAUUAAAUGUUUUAGUAGUAGGGAUAACAAAAUUUUUAUUAACUAAUAAGAAACUGACACAAUAUUAAUUUACUCCGUAUAACUCAUUUUUAUUAUAUAAAAUAAUAUUUUUUAUUUCUAUAUAUGCAAUAUUGGUGUUAUAUGAAAAAUUAUAAAAAAAUUGUGAAUUUUGAUACAUCUCUUAUAAAAUUAGAGUACAAAAGAACAUCAUAGCAUUUUAAAAAAGAAAAUUUUUCUCUAAUAGAAUUAUUAGAGGCUUAGUAUUGUACUUUACAUUAAACUCUCUUUAAUAUAAAUAUAUCUGCUAGGGCUCAUUAGGGAGUAACUUUUUCCAUUAUUCUUACAUGGUAUCAAGAGCACAUUAAUUUUUUCCCGAUCCUCUCCCUCUCACUAAACCCUAGCACAGCCGCCGUAUUCCCUUUGGCGCCACCCCAUACUUCACCGACCUCCUGUUCUCUUCGGCGCCGCCCACCGCAGCACCAUGUCAUCCUCGACUUCCAUCUUCAGCACAACGGCAACCACUGCCCAGCCACCUUCAACUGCAGCGGCUACUUCCGUCACCACCGUCGGCGCUCCAACAUCUUUUGGAUCGCUGCCGGCAAUCACCUCUGUCUCUUCCGGUGUGACGUUCUCCUCCAACUUUGCAUCGCCAAGUCGGGUCUCUAUGCCAUAUUCCUUGUUUCAAAAUGUCCCGUCGGUGUUCCCUUGGUCGGCUCCAAUUCUUGUGCAGGCAGUCCCGUUAGAGCCGCCGCCCUUCUCGGCAGGUCCUUCCUUUGUUGACCCCACGUUCGUCGGCUCACCUGGUGUCUCCUCUGUGAUCCCUCCCUCUCGCACACCAGCAGGCAACCUGACCGGUUCCCUUCUCACGGAUCUGGCUCAAACCAUAUCUCAUGUGGCCACCAAUGUCACAAAUAUUGUGACUACUAAACUUUUGGCGGUGGAAGAUUACACCACUUGGAGGACACAAUUUGAAUCAUUCCUGGUUUCACAGGCUCUACUUGGCAUGGUUGAUGGCUCCAUUCAGGUACCUCCUGCUUAUUCCAUAGAUGCUCUUAACCGUCAAAUUCCCAAUCCCGAAUUUUCAACUUGGUUGAGAAUUGAUCAAACAAUCCAUUCAUGGUUAUUUGCAACCCUAUCUAGGGAUGUACUCAUCGAUGUGCGUGAUUUAAAACAUUCUUGUGAAAUAUGGGAACAGUUAGAGUCUCGCUUUAUGUCUGCCAGUUUAGCCAGGUCUAUGGAAUUAAAGCGUUUUUUUAAUCAAAUCAAAAAGAAACCUGAUCAGUCCAUGGAUAACUAUUUGAGAGAAAUUAAAAUAUUAGUUGAUGAUCUUGCCACAAUCAAUUGCCCUGUGCCACCUCGGGAAGUUUUAAAGACUACUAUUAUGGGACUGGGACCUGAGUAUGAAUCUUUAUUUACUACUGUGUCCCAGUUUCUUCAAAAUUUCCCGUUUGAAACUCUACGUAAUCAUCUUCUUGAGCUAGAGCAGCAGGUUAUUUACCUACGCUCCCAGGAGUCCCCAUCUUUCCAUCAGGCUUUCGGCGCGGCUGUUUCAUCACCUGCUCAACCUUCGGCCCCGAAGCAUUCCAGUUCGUCUUACCCGGUCGGGCAGCAGGGUCACCCGGUCGGGCAUCAGCGCCAGUCCGACAAUCAGCAACGCGGACGAGGUCGCUGUCACGGGCGAGUCCGCGGCGGCAGGGGGCGAGGUCGCGGACAGCAGCAGGUGGUGUACUGGUAUCCUCAGGGGCAGUGAGCUUAUUUACCCGGAGGGGGUGGUCAGCCGGGUUCCCAUGCAGGGGGUGUGACAUCUACGGGACAAAGCAUCGGGGGCAGUACUUCUGCGAGCUACCAGUAGUGGACCACUUUAUCCUAUCCGUCUACCGUCAUCCUCACCAUUAGUAUUUGCUUCCGUUUUAGCUUCUGGCUCUGUGUGGCACCGUAGAUUAGGUCACUGUGGUGAUAGCAUCUUACAGUUUCUUAAGAGAAAACAAUUUUUAUGUAGUCAUUCUCCUUUUACUCAUGAAUGUGUGGCUUGUCGUUUAGGAAAAUCACAACGUUUGUCUUUUGUGGAUUCUAGUCAUAAUUCUAUUUUUCCUCUUCAAAUUAUUCAUUCCGAUGUAUGGCAAUCUCCUGUAUUUUCAAAUUUGGGAUUCAAGUAUUACGUGUGUUUCAUUGAUGAUUUUUCUCGUUAUACUUAGAUUUACCCUAUGCACCACAAAAGUGAGGUUUUUAUGCACUUAAAAAAUUUUAAGACUUUGGUUGAAAAUCUUUUUAAUCAUAAAAUUAAAAUUUUUCAAAGUGACGGAGGGGGUGAAUUUGUUAAUCAUAAUAUGCAGCAAUUUUUCUUGGCUAACGGAAAAUAUUUUCGAAAAUCAUGUCCUGACACACCCCAACAAAAUGGGGUUGCUGAGCGCGAGCACCGUCAUCUACUUGAGUUUACUUGGACUAUGCUUCUUGAAGCCUCUGUUCCGAGUAACUUUUGGGUAGAUGCCAUUUUUACUGCUGCAUAUAUUAUUAAUAGAUUACCAUCUCCUACCCUAAAUGGCUUAUCACCG